UCUUUGCAGGGUUUGGUACCAAAGAGUUCAUGAAAACUCUUGCUGCUGGUAUUGAUAUAAUUAUGAGUUCAUGGAAAUUCUUUGAUUUAGCUAGCAAGCAGGGCACAAAGCUACUUGACCUGACUGUAAUUAUCAUUCUGGCUCCCACUGCUUCAUUUCCACAUCUGGCUGCAGAAGACCGAGCUGCAACAUAUGGAGCUGACUCUUAUCUCACUAAAACAAAAGAUGUAUUUAGUAGUAUUGUUGAAAAGGGUUAUGUUCUAGGUAAAGCAUUAGCUGUUCGAACUUCCGACAAAGUUCAAAAAGUGGAUCAAAACUAUCAAGUCUCCCAGAAAAUUAAAUCGGCAGUUGCCAAAUCUGUUGUAUUCAGUAACAAAUAUGUAUCCAUAGGGGCUUCAUGGGUGACGGUCACAUUUAAUUCAAUUGCCAAGGCUGCUGCAGAGGUUACAGGUUAGCCAACAUGCUAAGGAGAAAGUGGCACUUGCCGAAUAGGAACAUAGAAGAAAAACAACUGGUAAAGAGGAACAUGGAAGAAAAACCAUGUAGUACUCUUUUGAAUUAUGCUUCCAACCCCUACAUAGGCUCAUAUAGAAUCUAGCAAUUUCUAUCCAUUCUCCCCUGCCAAUGUAUAAGGCAACUGGUAAGGUUAAUCACUUUGUAUUUUUUUUAAAAAGUUGCUUAGGACUAUUUCUUGACAGAGUUCUAUUAUUUAUAAUUACUUUUGAUUUUGCUGAUAUAUAUC